CUACAUAACUGAUAGCUUCUGCUAUGUUAUCCGCUUUUCGCUAUAAGACUCUACGAAAUACCCGCUAUUUAUAACCUUAAUUUAAAGUCGUAGGUAUUUUUGAGAGCUCCCCAGUGAAGUAAGUGUUCCUCGGAAGGGGGCGGGGCGAAUGGAGAAGAAGGGGCUCCGAGCGUACAUGGAGGUGCUGCGACUCGUGCGGCGCCUCCCCCCGGAGACGCGCGCCUACUACGCCAAGUACGCGCGCGAGAACUUCGUCAACUACCGCGACGCCGAUCCCUCCACCUCCCUCCCCGACCUCCUCCGCCGCGCCUACGCCCACUCCACCUGGGUCCUCAACAAGUACUCGAUCGACGAAUCGGCCGCGGCGAAGCUCAAGGAGAUAUAUGGGUGCUGAGCAGUGGCGUUGGGGGCGCGCCUCGUACACGCACGGUACCUGUUUGAUGAAAUUCCUGUGUUACGAGUUUUUUUUUUUUUUUUUUCUUCCUUUGGUUUCUUUAACUUAAAUAAAUUAGUUUUUUUUUUUUAAAAAAAAAAGAAAGUGUGGAAUUGAUCUGAACUAUUGGGACGACUAUGCAUGUUUUUGAAGUUUUGAUUUUGCUUGGCGUGGUUGAUUUUUGAAUCAGUUAGCGAUUCUUGUACUUUA